UGUACAAUUAAAAAAAUAUAUAAUAAUAAUGCUAAAAUCAAUAAAUAGGAUCCGGAACGAUAUGGUGUAGAACAUAAUUUAGUUUUUAAAAUAAUAAAAAAAAUAUAAACAUAAAGCAAGUAAAUAAAACAAAUACAUAUGAAUAUACAUAAUAUUCAUAUACAUAUAAUACAUAUAAAACAAAAAAUCAUCUAUGAUCUUGAGAAAGAACACAAUAUUUAAGAAAUAUUAAAAUUGCUGGGAAUAUUGAAUUAAAUACAAUAUGUUUCAUCAAGUUUCAAAAUAAUCUAUUUUAUAUUUAUUCAUUACGAAAUAAUAUUAGUUGCGUCUAUUUCUCGCUCUUUACAAGAAGAUAACGAUUACGAACACUGCGAAAUCUCGAAUGAGUUGGCUGUCUUAAAGAAAAAAUUUUCUCUCUAGUUAUAUGUGCAUUCGAUUACAGCUGAGUAUACAGUAUACAGCUUAGACUUUGCAUCUUAUGGGAUUUUGAAUCACCCUCUGCGAUUUACAGCGAUGAGUAUAGGAAUUAUAUUCAAUCCAACUAAUAAAGUUGGUGAAGUCAGACGAGCGUGAUGAGAUUAACAGGAGUAAAAAUCUGUUGUAAAGAUACCGCUCUAGUCACAAGAACUAUACAAUGAAAUAAGUUCUUGUAGCGUAAAAUCACAGUGAAUAUAUCUCGUUUGUGGUAGAACUAAAUACAAUAGGUCCUUGUAUAUUCUAGCGUCAGAAAGGAAAUGAAAGUGCUCACGCCCGUAGUUCUAGUUGUUUCACAGUAUAGGCACUGCACCAUGCGGUCAAGUGCUGAAGUUAACUAAAGUUAGCAUAUACAAAAACCUAUAAAGUUAGCGAUCUGCCCUGUUUGGUUGCAAUUUAUCAUAUACAAGAAUCUAUGUAUUUAAGCUUAAAGUUAGGGAUUUGACCUGUUUAAUUGCACACUAGCAUAGACAAGAAUCUUUUGAGUUCCACGCUGCAAGAACCUAUUUAAUUGUGCGGUUAUAUAGAAAAGUUCAUAUCUAAUCAUUUAUCCGAGAUAGACAAGUACGAGAAUGACAAAAUAACGCAAUAAUGAAACUAAUUAUAAAUUUCCUAAGAAAGAGAAAUUAAUUGUUUACUAUAUUUUUUUAGAGAAGAAAGGAGAAUAUUCUGUAAACGAUAAUCAAUCAGUGGAAUGAUGCGAUAAUUUUAAUAUAUCUUUUAUACACAAUAUUGUUUUAGAUUUAACAUUAUAUUUAUUUCCGUCACGAUAAUGUUUUUGUUAUAGUAAAAUGAAAAUAUCAAUUUUUUAGCAAUAAAUUGGUGAGCAAUGAAUAAUAUUUCUGAUAAAAUGUAUGUAUCUCAGGUAUAUUUAUGAAAAGGAUAAAAAUAAAAAACCAGUUAACUAUAGGCCAAGAUGUAAGGACAUGGAGACGUAACGACUAAUUUGUGCAACCAUGUAACUAACCACGCUUUCUAUCCAUCUUACUUUCAUUACUGACUCCACUUUAUUAAUUCUAUGAAUAUUGUUUUUAUUAAAAUUAGGAGGAUUAUAUUAAGCUGAACAUAUCACAUUAUAUUGAAAGCAGACGACACUUCUCAUAUGGUAUCUAGCGAAAGAAUGACAAAAAAAUAGAAGAGGGAUUGCGAAAGAUGAAAUAAAAAUAUGAAAUCUUUUAACGAAAAUUUUAGAUAAAAAAAUUGUCUUAAAAAAUAUGGGAAAUUAUGUCAACAUUGGUAGCGAAAAUUUCACUUCAGAAGAAAAUUGAAAAUUUUUAUGAAAAUUUAAUAUAUCUAUGAAUUUUUUACACAAAGAUACGGCAGUCUGGGAAAACGAUGACACAUAUAAAACAGGGAUAGAAAUAGUACAAAAUGUCAGAAUAUAAUAAUUUAUUAACAAAAAACAACGAAAAUAAUAAAUAUAUUCACAAAUAUUAGAUAUACCUAAUAUGUAUGUAUGUCUCUAUGUCAAUAGACCGUUCUAUAAAGGAAAACUAUCCAAUAUGUUUAAGUCAAAUUUUACACUUGUAUUAUUCAAGUAUAAAUUUGUGUCUUCGAGGAAAUCCCAACUGCUCUUCGCCCUUCCUUUUAACUCUUGAGAUUUGCACCCUUCUUUCUUGAUGUCUUCUCGGGCACGGAUCUUCUUCACUUUUAACGGAAGGCUCUCCUUCCAAUGCUCUCCUUCCAAUGCUCUCCUUCCAAUGCUUCUAGAAUCAUUGAAGAAAUUAAUUCUUCAGAAUUCGGAACACGAUUGUUUUGUAGGAUGACUUCAUAGUGAUCGUUUUGUUUUACUUUACGAACAAGAGAGUUUCGGCGGUCAGCAGGAAAUCACAUUCUCACCUUUUGCGACGAAGAGUCCUCUUCUCGGACGAAGAUGUCGGGAUUCAUUCUCUUUUUUCUAAUUCAUUUUCCUCUUCCCGUACGAAUAUAUGUAUACUACUAUGCAUCUAAUAGAAAUAAAACAAGGAAAGUAAGACGUAUUUUUCCCAAAAAUAUUCAAUAAUAUUUAUUUCUAGAAUAACAGAGUACGAUUAUAUACGAAGUUGGCGUGAAAUAAUUAAAAUUUAUUUUUUACAAGGAUAAAAUGACAGUGAAGCUGAGAUAAAUUUAGAAAUCAAUAUAUCGGCAUAACAUAUAGGGUUAUCCACUUAAUUCGGAACCCGCGUUUACAAGAUAUUGAGAAUGACAGUAGUGUAACAUGUACGCUUACUACUAAAAUCAAAUAUUGCAAGCCAUCUAUGAGCUGUCGAUCGAUCUGAUCGAUGCCUGUGUGAGGAGUCCUGUUGUAUCUCAACUGUUUAACUUGUUCCUUAUUGUUACGCUCGACAUAUUCACAGCAAAACGGUCCAAAAUCAGGUAAUAAUAGUCAAUUUAUAGAAAGGAAUCGUUAACAAAUUUAAUAUGGUAUUUAAUAUGGGAAAAUAUUUAAUAUGGUAAGGAUGAAAAUUUCUGAACUAAAUAAGAAAAGGACCUUAAUGUUUGUAAGAAUGUAAACAAUUUCAUCGUAAUUUGUAAUAACUGUGAGAAACUUGUAAGAAAAUCUGAAGUUCGAACACCUGGGUCAGCUGCCUGACUUUCGUCACCCUUGAACGUCGGAAGAGAAAGAGUGAACACUUGAGAGCGUUAUAAAUUAAACCCUCUCCCCCCUCCCCGCCAUAUGGUGUCAUGGACCAACGGCCCCGACGUUUUGUAACUGCGACGCCUGAUUUUUCCGAGUAUUCUUGAUACAAUCAUCGAUAUGGACGAACGUCAAAGUAAAACCACGCGAGUUCAGCAUUUCCGAAUCUAGAGAACGUGCUGUGAACAUGACUACCUUGAAUUCGCUUCUAAUAUUUUUUUACAGUUUUGAAUGCGGUUUUGAAUAAAAAUAAAGUUACGUUGCAAUAACAUUUCAGAUAAGAUAUCAGAUAAUUCAAGCUAUCAGUUGUUAAAAAAAGAAAUUGAGCUAUAUGUAGGAAUAAAAGAAUUCGCUAGCUCGCUUUGAAAUUUCGGGGCGCGCAGGAACAUGAAGUCGUCGGGCGAAAACCUGCGUUCUCUGCUUAUUGUAACGUCUUUCGUUUACGAAGAAACUUUUUCUUUCUUAUUUUUUUUAACCAAUUAUAUCGUGCUUCAUGUUAUUUUAAUUACAAAAAUAUCACGGAUAUGUUGAUGAAAGUUUCAUUAAAAAAUGGAUCAAUAAUAUAAAAGUUUUAAUAUAAAAAUUUGCCACUAUCUCUGUAAUCAGUAGUAGAUAUUCGAUAAAGAAACGCUAUGUAAUUGUUUUAUUGUAAAUCCUAAGAUAUCAUCAAAAUGGUCUAAAAUGCCCGUACUGUGAAUAUGUCUUAAUUCACCUUCGUCUGCAGGCACAAUUCUUUCUCAACUAUUGUUGCGUUUUUUGAUAAUACAGGAAACAUUCGAUAAUCGUACAAAAAUCGGGACCUAAGUGUUGCAAUAAUGGAAAUGUAGAAACCAUUCUGUUUCUCGAAACUAAGGUCUUAGACGUAUUAGACGUAGAAAAUGACAAUGAAAGUGAAAGAGAAGGAGAGACUGACAAUCAAAGUGAUCCACAAAUAUUAAAGGCCCGUCAUAAGGUGAGAUCUUUAACUCAAAAUUCAAACUUUUUUAUUUUUUCAAGAUAGUUGAAUUCGUCUCAACAAACACUGGCGUACAUACUGAGGAAAAGGAAUACGUGGUUCCAUGCAACGGUGAAAAAAUAUUCAUGCCAGUACAGUGUAUGAAAAAAUAUAUACGCCAAGUGCCGAAGAUUAAUGUUAAAUUUAAAUGGUGUAUGGAAAAAUAUUAAAAUUAACAUCAUUUUACUGAUUCAUUAUCGUUUGGAACAGAAUAUUCUCCUUUCUUCUCUAAAAAAAUAUAGUAAACAAUUAAUUUCUCUUUCUUAGGAAAUUUAUAAUUAGUUUCAUUAUUGCGUUAUUUUGUCAUUCUCGUACUUGUCUAUCUCGUAUAAAAAAUUAGAUAUGAACUUUUCUGUACAACCGUACAAUUAAAUAGGUUCUUGCAGCAUGGAACUCAAAAGAUUCUUGUCUAUGCUAGUGUGUAACUAAACAGAUCAAAUCCCUAACUUUAAGCUUAAAUACAUAGAUUCUUGUAUAUGAUAAAUUGCAACCAAACAGAGCAGAUCGCUAACUUUAUAGGUUUUUGUAUAUGCUAACUUUAGUUAACCUCAGUUCUUCGCCAUAUGGUGCAGCACUAGUCCGGGAACAACCAAAUUUAUUAGUGUGAGCACUUUUAUUUCCUCUCUGGCAGUAAUAAAGUUAGUGGAGUAAUAGAGUUAGUGUACAAAUGGGAGUGGAGGGACAAAUUCAUAUCACGUGACACAAGCGACAUUUAAGUUGUUGAAUGGUAGUAGAGGUAAUAUGACGUCAUGUAUUUCUCGAGAGUCGAAAGGGAAAGGAAUUUGAGGAGAGAAUUCUCCUGGCAACAGUGGCGGCAAGCGGUAAGACAGUUGGCAAAGAUGGAAACAUGGCGGGGGUACUCACUAAUUGUGGUGUAUCCCGAAAUGAUUGUCUAGUUUCUCUUUUGGUUGUAGGGCCAGCAGAAUUAUGUCACAAAGUUUCUGAAGGAUUACAUGAAAGUGCAAAAGAAAGGAAGUGGCGUAUUGUCGUACAUCAGUGUGAACUUGUUGCUAAAAUCAUAGAAUCGAGCUUAAGUCUUGGUAUAGAUUUCAUUAUUUUUGUUUUUGAUUGGAGAACUACACAAUCUUUAUCCGAAGUAGAAACAAAUAUAAGUCUCAUAGAUGAACAUUAUAUAAUUUCUGGAGCUGUAUGCCUUGUAAAUUGUAGAGGAAUUUCAAAUAUUAUGGGAUUAACUUCCCACAAAUCAGCAAAAAUACGAGAGAAAUACAAUAUUCGAUUUUUAUCUGCUAAUGUUUUUAAACCACAAAUUUGUGUUCAAUUAAGUAAUAGAAUACUGAAUUUAGUGGAAGCUAUAUUGGGCAUAACAAGUGGAAUUCCUACUACUGGUCUACUGAUAUAAAAUUUUAUAAACCUGUUCUUAUAUUAUUAAUAUUAAAAUGAAG